AGUACUGCUUUAUAAAUAUUGUUUCAAUUGAAUGUCGAUUAAUGUAUAGAUUUUGUAUGUUAAAAAGUAAAAUGAAGUGUUUUCUGAUACUCCUGUUUUGUGGAAUAACACUCGGAAAAGAUGCAACAAACUCUUCUACGUUCAUUGCUACGAAUGAAUGGCAAGUUGUAAAAGAAGGCCAAGUGAUUCCACAAGGUUUGCAUAUUCGAAUAAACCUCAGUACAGGAUUAAAGGAAGCAAAACUACUUGUUGAGAAUAAAUCAAAUGCUUUAUCAAUCACCAAAAAUGAAAAUAUUGAGAAUGAAUCUAAAUUUAAUAACCAAGAAUUGAAAGAAGCUUUGCAGAAUAUAAAAAAUGAGAAUCCAUCACACGAUGAUAAAUUAAAACAGAAAUUUCGAACAAUGGAAGAACUGAAAGACCUAAUGAAAAAUAACAAUGUACAGGUUAAAACUGAGUCAGAAAUUAUUAUUAAAUUACUUCAGGAGUAUAAAGAUUUAGAAGUUAUAACAGAUGUAAACAUCGAUAAAGCUUUGUCAAUACUUCAAGAUCUGGAAUAUCUUGUUCAUAAAUUUGAUAAUGGACUGGAGUUCUUAAAGCAUGGAGGUAUAGAGUUAAUCGUAAUACCAAAUUUGGACAAUAUCACAGAUGAAAUCACCAUGCAAACACUGGAACUUGUAGCAGCUUGUAUGCAAAACAAUAAAAAAGUUCAACAGUUAAUUUUUGAAUAUGGAAUAGGAGAAAAAAUCUUGAAACUUGUAGAACAUGGUUCAAAUGGCAUUAAAAAUAAAGCAUUAUAUACUUUAGGUUGUCUUGUAAGAGAUUUUCCGCAUGCGCAACAAAAACUUGUAAUCGAAGUCGGCAGUUCAAUUUUAAGAAAAGUUCUGAAUGAUUUUGAUGAACAUGAUAUGAAAGUAAAGCUGCGGUUAAUCACUUUAUUACAAGAUUUAAGCGAUGAGAAUGCUUCUUCUGUAAAUCUAGCUGAUUUAUUAAAGACAGUUGACUAUUGCAGAAAUAUUGAACAGCUUAUUGUUAACAGUAAAAAUUAUUUUUUGGGAAACCAUGACAAUAUUGAAAAAUUGUUAAAAGCUCUGGAUGGAUCUCGGAAUUUUUGUCAAAAUAAAAUGCCACUUACAAAUUCAUUUAAAAGUUCUUUGCAUGACUUAUCAAUCUUUUAUUCAAAUCUAGCUGAUGAAGAAAAAACAGAUAGCGAUCAUAAUGAAGCCUAA